UUCUCUCCCUCCCCCUCACCUCUCCAUAUUACUCUCUCUCUCUAAAAAACUCUGCUUUCUCUCUCUAGAACUGCCGUUUUUUUUCCCUCGGUUCUGUUUGAUUAAGGAAAUGGAGUUCGAGAGCCGAUACGGACCAAAGUACGACUGUCUCCUGUUCGAUUUGGACGAUACCCUUUAUCCACUCAGUACCGGCAUCUCUAAAGCAUGUGGAAAGAACAUCAAAGAUUAUUUGAUCGAGAAACUCGGGAUACAAGAAGACAAGGUCGUCGAGAUGUCUAAUUUGUUGUACAAGAAUUAUGGGACUACCAUGGCCGGCCUUAGGGCGAUUGGACAUGAUUUCGAUUACGACGACUACCACAGCUUCGUUCAUGGAAGAUUGCCUUAUGAGAACAUAAAGCCCGACCCUAUCCUUCGCAGCCUCUUGCUCAGCCUCCCUCUGCGUAAAGUCAUAUUCACCAACGCGGAUAGAGUUCACACGGUUAAAGCACUGAGCAGACUCGGUUUAAAAGGCUGUUUCGAAGGGAUCAUAUGUUUCGAGACCCUUAACCCGACUCACAAGAACGCUGCAUCAGACGAUGAGGACGAUAUCGAGUUCAUCGGGCGGUCAGAAACCCGAGAAAACGCCCCGAGAUCCGAGAUUUACGACAUUGUGGGACACUUUGCCAUGUCUAAACCGGUCGGUUCACUGCCCAAAACCCCAAUUGUAUGUAAACCGUCUGUAGAGGCCAUCGAAAAGGCUCUCAAGAUCGCGGAUAUCGAUCCUCAUAGAACGCUGUUCUUUGAGGACAGUUUCCGAAACAUACAAGCUGGAAAGCGCGUUGGUCUUCACACGGUUCUGGUUGGUUCUUCACAGAAGGUCAAAGGAGCAGAUUAUGCGUUGGAGAGCAUACACAACUUGAAAGAAGCGUUGCCGGAGCUUUGGGAUUCCGACGUAAAGUCGCCGGAUAUCGGAUAUUCCGGCAAGGUCGCCGUCGAGACACCGGUUAGGGCUUAGGAUUCGUUAUACCGCUGUGCUCAUCGCUGAUACAAGAGUUUUGAGUCACCAAGAUCGUAUUUUGGGACUCUUUUUAGCCCUUUGUGUCCAUUUUAUUGCCAAAUCUUUUUCAUAUCAUGUAAUGUAAUUUCUUUUUCUACUUGUGUUUAUAAAUUUAAAUAAGAUAUAAAAAUUGAUAAUAAACGAGCAA